UCAAUAAAGAAAAGUCCUCCCUGCCAGGGCCCCGCGCAUGCUCUCCUGACGCCAUCAGAAGGUCUUCCCAACGACAAGGUGUAACAGUUGCCGGAGUUUUUUUCAAAGUUUCUCUUUGAAGAAUGAGAAUGGACUGUAAAGUUUAUGUGGGCAACCUAGGCAACAAUGCGGCAAAGCAUGAGCUGGAGUCUGCUUUCUCUAAAUAUGGGCCCUUAGUUAAUGUAUGGGUUGCCCGGAACCCUCCGGGGUUUGCCUUUGUGGAAUUUGAAGACCCAAGAGAUGCGGAGGAUGCAGUGCGUGCCCUUGACGGAACGCGCCUGUGUGGUGUGCGUGUAAGAGUUGAAAUGUCCACUGGCCGUUCUCGACGGGACCGAUACCGCUCUCCCCCCAGAAGAGGCAGAAGAUCCAGAUCCCGCUCCCCCCGGCGGUGGGGUGGCCGAUCACGGUCUAGGACCCCUAGACGAACCAGGUCCCGAUCCCCAAGGUCUGUUUCGAGAUCACCAAG